AUGUCUCAGGAGGUGGCCUUCGACGUGAACAUGGUCCAGAACAGCACGCUCGACGACGGCGGCCUCGCCGGCUGGGCACCGUUCGGCUCGCGCACCACCACGCUGUCCGUGCACCGCGAGGAUGACGAUGCCACGCUCGAGAUCACCAUGCAAGACCAGCACGAGCACGACACUGUCAACAAACCCAGCGGCCGGUACAUCCUCGUGUCAGGGCGCGCCGACGAGAAGGACGGCCUGCGGCAGGCGAUCACGGGCGCGCUCAAGCCCCGGGUCACGUACCGCGUCGCCGGGUGGGUCAGCCUCGGCGCGUCGUCGCCGGCCAACGCGGCGGUGUGCGUCAACCUCGCCGUGGACCGCGACGAGGGCCUGGUCGAGUGCGGCGCGGUGAGCGCCGAGGCCGGCCGGUGGACGGAGGUCAAGGGCGCGUUCCGGCUCAGGACGGAGCCAAGCCGCGCGGCGGUGUACGUCCAUGGCGCGCCCGCGGGCGUGGACGUCAAGGUCAUGGAUCUCCGUGUCUUCGCCACGGACCGCAAGGCCCGCUUCAGGCUACUCAAGGACAAGACUGACAAGGCUCGCAAGAGGGACGUGGUUCUCAAGUUCGGCGAGGCGGCAUCGAGGACACCCGGCGGCGCGUCCGUUAGGGUCGUGCAGAUCGACAACACUUUCCCUUUCGGCACAUGCAUCAACACCUCGGUGAUCCAGAACCCGGCCUUCAUGGACUUCUUCACCAACCACUUCGACUGGGCCGUCUUCGAGAACGAGCUCAAGUGGUACCACACGGAGAACCAGCAAGGGCAGCUCAACUACGCCGACGCCGACUCCCUCCUCGACUUCUGCGACCGCCACGGCGUGCGCGUGCGCGGCCACUGCAUCUUCUGGUCCGUCGAGGGCGACGUGCAGCAGUGGGUUAAGAACCUCCAGGGCCGCGACCAGCUCAUGUCCGCCGUCCAGGCCCGCCUCCACGGCCUCGUCUCCCGCUACGCCGGCAAGUUCCAGCACUACGACGUCAACAACGAGAUGCUGCACGGCCACUUCUUCCGGGACCGCCUCGGCGACGACGUCCCCGCGCUCAUGUUCACCGAGGCCGCCAAGAUCGACCCCGCCGCCGCCCUCUUCGUCAACGACUACAACGUCGAGUGCGCCAACGACCCCAACGCCACCCCCGAGAAGUACAUCGAGCUCAUCAAGUCCCUGCAGCGCGGCGGCGCCGACGUCCGCGGCAUAGGGCUGCAGGGCCACGUCAGCAACCCGGUGGGGCAGGUCAUCUGCGACGCGCUCGACAAGCUCGCCACCACCGGCAUACCCAUCUGGUUCACGGAGCUGGACGUGCCCGAGCAGGACGUGAGUCUGCGAGCCCAGGACCUGGAGGUGGUGCUCCGGGAGGCCUACGCGCACCCCGCGGUGCAGGGCGUCGUGUUCUGGGGCUUCUUGCAGGGAACCAUGUGGCGCCAGAACGCCUGGCUCGUCAACGCCGACGGCACCGUCAACGAAGCGGGCCAGAUGUUUGUCAACCUCCAGAAGGAGUGGAAGACGGACGCGCGCGGGAACCUUGACGACGAUGGGAAUUUCAAGUUCAGGGGCUUCCACGGCACAUACUUCGUCGAGGUUAAGACCGCGACAGGGAAACAAAUCCUCAAAACCUUCACCGUGGACAAAGGUGACAACAACAACACCACGCCUCUCGUGCUAAAUCUGGCCGAUGCCUGACGGUGAAUCUACUUAAUUACCCUAUUUUUAUAGUUCCAAAAUAAAGUUACAUGUAUACCGUCAUAUAUUGAUUGAUUCAAGGGGUGAUACGAGAUUAUGGAAUUAUACUAGACAUAAGGUAUAGUUUCACAUUGUUAUGGUAAGUAAGGUAUUGUAAGAGAAAUGUAUGUGGUAUUGUACUGGCUAAAGCA